AUGGAUACUAUCAAGUCCUUCAAAGGUUACGGCAAAGUAGACGAACUCGAACAACAAGCAUUCAAAAAAAAGACACGUAAGCGCAUCACUAUCAUAAUCAUCUCCUCCCUCAUUCUAAUCGCAGUCAUCGUAGCCGCGGUCGCAGGAAUCCUCAUACACAAGCGCAACACCUCAUCAAACCCCUCCCCCAACUCUCUCCCUAACACCGAUUUAAACCCUGCCACGUCACUCAAAUCGGUUUGCGACGCGACUCAGUAUCCCCACUCCUGCAUAGCCGCAAUCUCCUCCCUCCCGGAAUCCAACACCACCGAUCCAGAGAAACUCUUCAAACUCUCUCUUAAAGUCGCAAUGGAUGAACUCUCAAACCUCACGCGCUUAAAGCUCAAAGCGAGUGGAGACACGCGCCUUGAGAAAGCUAUAGCAGUUUGCAGCUCCGUUCUUGAGGACUCGCUGGAUCGGCUGAAUGAUUCAAUGUCGAUGAUAAUCGCCGAUGAUAAGAUUCUCUCGCCGGCGAAGGUUCGUGACGUUGAGACUUGGAUCACCGCUGCAUUAACAGAUCACGAUACAUGUUUAGACGCUGUUGGUGAAGUAAACUCCCCCGCCGCGCGUGGUGUUUUAACACAAAUUGAAACAGCCAUGAGAAACUCUACCGAGUUUGCCAGCAACAGUUUAGCGAUCGUAUCGAAGGUUAUAAGAUUAUUAUCAAAUUUCGAGAUUCCGAGCCACCACCGGAGGUUGUUAGAGUUUCCGGAGUGGUUAGGAACGGCUGAGAGAAGGCUUCUGGCGGAUUCGGUGAACAUGACGGUGGAUGCGGUGGUGGCGAAGGAUGGUUCUGGACAGUAUACGACGAUAGGGGAGGCGUUGCAGAAUGUGAAGAAGAAGAGCGAUGUGAGAUUCGUCGUGUAUGUGAAGAAAGGGAUAUACGUAGAGAAUAUCGAUUUGGAUAAGAAUACGUGGAAUGUGAUGAUCUACGGUGAUGGUAUGACGGAAACCAUCGUCAGCGGUAGCCGGAAUUUCAUCGACGGCACACCGACCUUUGAAACUGCCACGUUCGCUGUUAAGGGCAAGGGAUUCAUUGCCAAGGACAUACAAUUCGUGAACACUGCAGGUGCAUCUAAGCACCAAGCUGUGGCAUUUCGAUCUGGCUCAGAUCAAUCUGUGUUUUAUAAGUGUUCAUUUGUGGGAUAUCAGGACACCCUUUACGCGCAUUCAAAUCGUCAAUUCUACCGGGAAUGUGACAUUACAGGUACCAUAGACUUCAUAUUUGGAAAUGCAGCUGUUGUGUUCCAGAAUUGCAAAAUCAUGCCUAGGCAACCGCUAUCAAAUCAGUUCAACACCAUAACAGCUCAGGGUAAGAAGGAUCCAAAUCAAAACUCUGGAAUUGUGAUCCAGAAAUCAACUAUCACACCUUAUGACAAUCUCGUAGCGCCAACUUAUCUUGGUAGGCCAUGGAAAGAUUUCUCCACCACUCUUAUCAUGAAAUCAGAAAUUGGCUCAUUCUUGAAACCAGUGGGGUGGAUAAGUUGGGUUGCUAAUGUGGAACCUCCAAGUAGCAUCCUUUAUGCUGAAUACCAGAACACUGGGCCUGGAGCAGAUGUAACCCAGAGAGUCAAAUGGGUCGGUUAUAAACCCGCUAUUGCAGACGAAGAAGCCUCGAAGUUCACAGUUGAGUCCUUUAUACAGGGCUCUGAGUGGUUGCCAAAUGCUGCUGUGCAGUUUGAAUCUACCUUGUGA